GAGAAGGAGAAGAGUAGGGGAGAGAAGGAGAAUAGGAGAGAGAAGGUGAAGAGGAGGGGAGAAAUACAAGUGGGUAAGGAAUAAGGACAGCAUUUUAGGUUUAUAAAAAAAUGGGUCACUUUUAUACGAAAAGGAUCACUUUUUGCAAAAUAUUCGAUGUACAAUAAAAUUAUUUUAAAGUGUGGCAUGCAAAACGACUUCAUUUAGUUAUUAUAUAAAUUUUUCCUUGCUAAAGUUAAAAAAUCAAUAUAAACCAUGCGCCUGGAAACACAAAAAUUCAACCCCCUCUUCGAAAUCGUUAACUCGAACAUAAAUAAAUAAAGAAGAAAAACAAGGGGGAAAAAAAAAAGUAAAUAGAAGUUGCUUCUUCAUAGUCGAAAUUUGAAAUUAGAGCGACAAGAACAAAUCAAAAAUUCAAACUGGUUUCCCGGCAUCGCAGCAAGGAACAAUCCCCAUCUUCCCACAAACUUCGUUAAUCGAAUUUCUUCCUCUUUUAAUUUUAGGGUUUUUGAUUUCACCUCCAAUUUUACAAUUCAAUCAAGAUUAUUAUUUAUUUGGUUUUGAAUUCAUUCGAUUAAGUUUGCAGUAAUCAAGAAUAAUGAAGCGAAAACGUGGGCAUAAGAAGGGGAAGAGCAAGAAACGAAAGUCGCAAUCGCCUAUUGUUCCGACAACCACUGAAGAAUCCCCAAAUAAUGACAUUGAAAGUGUAAAUUCCGAGGAAAAUAAUUCUGGGUCUGAGGAGGAAGACAACAAUAAGGUGCAAGAAGUGUCGAAACCGAUAUCAGAACCGGUUAUGGUAUCGGCACCAGCGAUGCCGGUUAAGGCAGUGGAAACAAUGCCUGUACUUCCGAAAGUGUUUCAAAGACCUACUCCAACUGCUGUUUAUGGGCGUGUUAAAUUGAAGCUGAAAACAACGCCUAAACCACCUCCACCCGUUGAGCCUCAGGUUGUUGGUUCAUCUGUUGGUCAAGUUCAAGGUGACGGGGUAAAAAAUAGUGAAGUUGGUAGUGUAGUGGAGAAGAAAGAUGAUAAAGAAGUUAUCAGUGGCGAGAAGGUUGAUGGGAGUAGUAAAAAAUCUGGGGUUAUUAAGAUUGUAUCUUCGAAAAGUUCGAGUCCCCCGGCCUUGGGUGGUGUUGAGAGUGGUAAGGUUGUGAAUUUAAAAAGUUCGAGUCCUCUGGCCUCGGUUGAGAAUGAGAGCGGUAAGGCUGUGGCGAAAAGUUCAAGUCCUCUAGCCUCAGCUGAGAAUGAGAAUGAGAGUGGUAAGAUUGUGUCUUUGAAAAGUUCAAGUCUUCUGGCCUCGGCUGAGAAUGAAAAUGAGAGUGGUAAGGUUGUGUCUUUGAAAAGUUCAAGUCCUCUAGCCUCGGCUGAGAAUGAGAGUGGUAAGCUUGUGUCUUUAAAAAGUUCAAGUCCUAUGGCCUCGGCUGAGAAUGAGAGUGGUAAGAUUGUGUCUUUGAAAAUCUCGAGUUCCCUGGCCUCAGGUUGUAAUGAGAGUGAUAAGAUUGUGUCUCCGAGUUCCACAGCUGUAGAUGGUAAUGGUAAUGAGAGUGGUAAGGCUGUGUUUAUGAAAAAUUCAAGCCCCCCAGUUUCAGUUAGUAUUGAGAGUGGUAAUGCUGUGUCUUUAAAAAGUUCAAGUAUCCCGGCUUCUGGUGGUAAAGAGAGUGGUAAGAUCGUGUUUUCGAAAAAUUCAAGUCCUCCAUCCUCUGGUGGUAAAGAGAGUGGUAAGAUUGUUAUUCGGAAAAGUUCAAGUCCCCCUACCUCAAGUGGUGGUAAGAUUGUUAUUAGGAAAAGUUCAAGUCCCCCUACCUCGGGUGGUGGUAAGAUUAUUGUUUCAAAAAGUUCAAGUGCUCCAGCCCUGGAUGGUAAAGAGAGUGGUGUUAAUGACUUGUCACAAAACGAGGAGAAGGUUGAUGAAUACAAAGCAAGGUUUCCUCAACAAGAAGCUAAAUGUAACAAGGAAGAGUUGGAGGCUUCUUUAGAGGUGAUCCAGAAGAUUAUGAAAAUGGAUGCUGCUGAACCCUUUAAUGUACCUGUUGAUCCUAUUGGGUUAGGAAUACCAGAUUACUUUGAUGUCAUUGAUACUCCAAUGGAUUUUGGCACCAUCUGCAGCAAUCUUGAAAGUGGAAAAAAGUAUAUGGAUUCUGAGGAUGUCUAUAAGGAUGUACAGUACAUAUGGGAUAAUUGCAGCAAGUACAACAAUAAGGGUGACUACAUUGUUGAUCUUAUGAAGCGAGUCAAAAAGAACUUUAUGAAGUAUUGGAUGGCAGCUGGGCUGUAUACUGAACAAACACAGAAGAUGAAAGGUGAAGAAGGCAGUCCCCUGGAUGAACCAACAACUUCAGGUCAUGGAAAGAAGCUUAAAAAAGGAAAAGGAGUUAAGCGUCACAAAGAUGACUGUCUUUGUGCUAUAUGCAUUAUGAAGCGUCGUAGACGGGAGCGUGAGGCUUGUGAGGCACAACUGGCACGUGAAAUGGGAGGUCAAGUUGCUUCACCUCAAAUUAAAGUCCCCAAGACUGGGCUACACGAAGAAUACAGGCAAGAGGAUAUUUCACACGCCGAAAGUCCUGUUGAGACCUCAUCUUAUAUGGAGACUUCCCAUGAUGGGGAUGCAGAUGCUGAAAUGGAAGAUGUGGAGAUGAAGCCUGAUGCAGUUGCAUCUCAGUACAACAAUGAGAAGUCGGAGAUUGAUAGAGCCUACUUACAUGAUAAAUCUGAUAGAUCUGGAGAUAUUUCGGAGAAAUCAUUACAUAGUGAUAAAGGUGAUGCUGAAUUAUAUUCUCAUGAUGAAGUAAAUGUUCAGGAUGAAUUCGGGAGUAGAUUUAACAAUAUUGCCCGGCAUCAACCAUUGCUUCAGCAAGAAGGACAAAAAGCUGGAUAUCUGCAACAUAGACAAGAGCUAUUGGAAAUGGAGAAAAAACGUCAGAAGCUAAGAAUGCUGGAGACUUUUCGUGAUCUUGAAAACCCUAAGCUCUUAGGGUUAUGUGAAACACUCUUUCCGAACAAUGUAAAAACUGUUUGGAAUGGAGCCAACUCUCUGCUGCGAUGUGAAAGAACAUGCCACAGAAGAGACAUUCAUGAGGCUGUUGCGUCAUUCAUGAAUCCUCCCUGCAAAUCUGCCUCCUUUCUGAAGUAAUUGUCUGGUGGAUAUACAAAUUAAGCAAUCAUCUCCAGUAUGAGAUAUUCAAUCCAGCAUUUCAUCUGUAUGACUACACAAGCACCUCGUAUUUCAUGCUCGCUGCAAUGCCAUAACAUAGAAAUAAAGGUUGAAGAUACACGGGAGAUUCUUGAAUGUCAAUUCUGCUGAGUAAUUUUAACUAGGAUUACUGAUUUGUUUUUUCUUGGAGAGCUAGAUUUGUCUAGAUUGCAUUAAAUUCUGUCAAUAAUUAGUGAUCAAGACAGAACAAAUUGACACCAUGAUUUGUAAGUAACAAAAUUGUAUGCAAUAUAUGGGCAGUCUCUCAUUGUCCUGAACCUCUGUUCUCGAGAAGC